CAGUUGAAGACUGGCUUUUGGAGGUUUUCAAUGUAGAUCGUGUCUCCCUCGGACGGACAGGGAGAAUUGCUGUCCGGGGCCCUGAGAACACAACCCCCUCUGGGUUUCAUUCCCUGUGGUGAAUGGCCUUGGCUUCAGCAGCCCACUGAGGGCCCUUUCACUUGGGAUUCUGAACUUGUAACUAGGACUCCAGGCUGGGAAGAUGCUGAGUUCCAUCAAGUGUGUGUUGGUGGGAGAUUCAGCUGUGGGGAAAACCUCUCUGCUGGUGCGCUUCACUUCAGAGACCUUCCCUGAGGCCUACAAGCCCACGGUGUAUGAGAACACAGGUGUGGACGUCUUCAUGGAUGGCAUCCAGAUCAGCUUGGGCCUCUGGGACACAGCGGGUAAUGACGCCUUCCAAAGUAUCCGCCCCCUGUCCUACCAGCAGGCAGACGUGGUGCUGAUGUGCUACUCUGUGGCCAACCAUAACUCUUUCCUGAACCUGAAGAACAAGUGGAUUGCUGAAAUCAGGAGCAACUUGCCCCGCACCCCUGUGCUGGUGGUGGCCACCCAGACGGACCAGCGGGAGGUGGGGCCCCACAGGGCCUCCUGCAUCAAUGCCAUGGAAGGGAAAAAACUGGCCCAGGAAGUGAGAGCAAAGGGCUAUCUGGAGUGCUCGGCCCUCAGCAACAGGGGGGUUCAGCAGGUGUUCGAGUGUGCUGUCCGGACUGCUGUCAACCAAGCCAGGAGGCGCAACAGAAGGAGGUUCUUCUCCAUUAACGAGUGCAAGAUUUUCUAG